CUGGCCCUGCUGCUGCUCCUCGCCGCCCCCGCCGCGCACGGCUACAGCUUCCCGCAGCAGCACACUAUGCAGUACUGGGCCAGAAGGCUGGAGCAGGAGAUUGAUGGAGUGAUGAGGAUAUUUGGUGGAGUCCAGCAGCUCAGAGGGAUCUACAACGAGAACAGAAACCUGUUUGAAGUCAAGGAGAAUGUGCCCAGGAAGUUAGUGGAGAAGGUUGCAGGAGACAUCGAGAGCCUACUGGCCAAGAAAGUCCGUGCUUUAAAGAGGCUGGCCAACGCCGCGGAGAAGUUCCAGAAAGCGCACCACUGGCAGGACAACAUCCGGGAGGAAGACAUCGAGUACUACGACUCCAAGGCAGACACGGAAUACGUGAGUACCGACGAUCCUGAUGGAGAAGAGAUCGAGCGGGAGAAGUCCAACUCCCUGAAGCUGGAGUUCACCGACGACGCCAACUUCAAGACCAAGGUUAACUACUCGUACGCCGCCGUGCAGAUCCCCACGGACAUCUACAAAGGCUCCACCGUCAUCCUCAACGAGCUGAACUGGACGCAGGCGCUGGAGGACGUCUUCAUCGAGAACCGCAAGGAGGACCCCUCCCUGCUCUGGCAGGUUUUCGGCAGCGCCACCGGCGUCACCCGCUACUACCCCGCCACCCCGUGGAGAGCCCCCAACAAGAUCGACCUCUACGACGUGCGCAGACGGCCCUGGUACAUCCAAGGCGCCUCCUCCCCGAAGGACAUGGUCAUCAUCGUGGACGUGAGCGGCAGCGUGAGCGGCCUCACCCUCAAGCUGAUGAAGACCUCGGUGUACGAGAUGCUGGACACCCUCUCGGACGACGACUACGUCAACGUGGCCUCGUUCAACGAGAAGGCCAAGCCGGUGUCGUGCUUCAAGCACCUGGUGCAGGCCAACAUCCGUAACAAGAAGGUCUUCAAGGAGGACGUGCAAGGGAUGGUGGCCAAGGGCACGACCGACUACAAGGCUGGCUUCGAGUACGCCUUCGACCAGCUGCAGAAUUCCAACAUCACGCGGGCCAACUGCAACAAGAUGAUCAUGAUGUUCACGGACGGCGGCGAGGACCGGGUGCAGGACGUCUUCGAGAAGUACAACUGGCCCAACAAAACGGUGCGUGUCUUCACCUUCUCCGUCGGGCAGCACAACUACGACGUGACCCCGCUGCAGUGGAUGGCGUGUGCCAACAAAGGUUACUACUUUGAAAUCCCCUCCAUCGGCGCCAUCCGCAUCAACACACAGGAGUACCUGGACGUGCUGGGCAGACCCAUGGUCCUGGCCGGGAACCGAGCCAAGCAGGUUCAGUGGACCAACGUCUACCAGGACGCCCUGGGGCUGGGGCUGGUGGUGACGGGCACGCUGCCGGUGUUCAACCUGACGGAGGACAGCAGCGACAGGAAGAAUCAGCUCAUCCUGGGCGUGAUGGGGAUCGACGUGGCGCUGAACGACAUCAAGAAGCUGACACCGCGUUACAACCUGGGGGCCAACGGCUACGUCUUCGCCAUCGACCUGAACGGCUACGUGCUGCUGCACCCCAACCUGCAGCCCCAGAUCAUCAAUUUCCGUGAGCCAGUGACGCUGGACUUCCUGGACGCCGAGCUGGAGGACGAGAACAAGGAGGAGAUCCGGAGAAGCAUGAUUGACGGAAACGACGGGCAGAGGUUCAUCAAGACGCUGAUCAAAUCCCUGGACGAGCAAUACAUCGACGAGGUGUUCAGGACCUACACGUGGGCCCCCAUCAAAAGCACCAACUACAGCCUGGGGCUGGUCCUGCCGCCCUACAGCACCUACUACAUCCAGGCCAACCUCAGCGACCAGAUCCUGCAAGUGAAGUUACCAAACAUCAAAAUGAAGGAUUUUGAAUACCUGCUGCCAAACAGCUUUGAGUCGGAGGGACAUGUGUUCAUUGCUCCCAGAGAGUAUUGCAAAGACCUCGACCUGUCGGAUAACAACACCGAGUUCCUGGAGAACUUUAUUGCCCUCAUGGAAAAGGUGACCCCAGACUCCAAGCAGUGUGACAAUUUCCUCCUGCACAACCUGAUCCUGGACACGGGCAUCACGCAGCAGCUGGUGGAGCGCGUCUGGAAGGACCAGGACCUCAACACGUACAGUCUCCUGGCUGUCUUCGCAGCCACUGACGGGGGCAUCACCCGCGUCUUCCCAAACAAGGCUGCGGAUGACUGGGAGGAGGAACCGGAGCCCUUCAAUGCCAGCUUCUACCGCAGGAGCCUGGAUAACAAGGGCUACAUCUUCAAACCGCCCUACCGGGACGCCGGAUACCGGGGGCUGGAUCUGGAGAACAACACCAUCGGGAUCCUGGUGAGCACCGCCGUGGAGCUCAGCAUCGGGGGCAAGACGCUGAAGCCAGCAGUGGUGGGGGUGAAGCUGGACCUGGAGGCCUGGGCGGAGAAGUUCAAGGUGCUGGCAAGCAACCGGACAGACCGCGACCAGCUGGGCACCCGCCGGUGCGACCCCUCGAGCAGCUGCGAGAUGGACUGCGAGGCCAACAACAAGGACCUCAUCUGUGUCCUCAUUGACGACGGAGGCUUCCUGGUGCUCUCCAACCAGGAGGAUCACUGGUACCAGGUGGGCAAGUUCUUCAGCGAGGUGGACGCCAACCUGAUGUCCGCCCUCUACAACAACUCCUUCUACGCCCGCAAGGAGUCCUACGACUUCCAGUCCGUCUGCGCCCCCGAGGCCCAGAGCAACACGGGUGCUGCGCCCCGCGGCGUCUUCGUGCCCACCGUGGCCGACCUGCUGAACCUCGCCUGGUGGACCUCAGCCGCGGCCUGGUCCCUCUUCCAGCAGUUCCUCUACGGCCUCACCUACAGCAGCUGGUUCCAGACGGAGGACGUGACGGCGGACAGCAUGGAGGCCCGGGAGACGAGCUGCAUCAUGAAGCAGACGCAGUACUACUUCAGCACCGUCAACGCCACCUACAAUGCCAUCAUCGACUGCGGGAACUGCUCCAGGCUCUUCCACGCACAGAGGCUGGCCAACACCAACCUGCUCUUCGUGGUGGCCGACAAGCCCCUCUGCAGCCAGUGCGAGUCUGUCAAGCUGCUGCAGGCGGAGGUCAGGGCUCCCCCGAGAGACCCGAACCAGUGUGAGCUGGUGGACAGGCCCCGCUACCGGAAAGGCCCCCACAUCUGCUUCGACUACAAUGCAACCGAAGAUACCUCAGACUGCGGCCGAGGGGCUUCCUUCGCCCCCUCCCUCGGGGUCCUGCUCUCCCUGCAGCUGCUGCUCCUCUACUCCAGCGCCAGCCGGCACCCGCUGCCCCCGGCCGCCUGCCUUUAACCCGCGCCCGCCGCCCUCCCGUUCUCUCAGCCUCCAUCUCCAUCCCCUCCCGAGGCCCGGCGGGACGGGAGCGCCCCCCCUUGGGGGCCCCCCCCCCCCCCCGGGGGCCCCCCCCCCCCCCCCCCCGCGCAUCCAAAGAAGAGCCGGGGUGCGGGCAGGGGCCCCCCAAGCCAGGCCGGCGUCCAGCAGCCCCGGCCGCUCGGACUCGGAAAGCCCCCGCCGGGCGCCCCCCGCCCCGGCCUUGUGCCCCCCCACUGCAGCCCCCCCCCCCCCGUCCCUCGCCUAUUUUUUUAGCCUGAAGAUUUUAAACUGGAUCUUUCUACGUUUGGGUUCGCCUGGAGAACGACGGUAUUUGUUGUCAGCGAGAAGGACACGUCGGGGGGGGGAGAAAAAAAGGAAAAAAAAAAAACGGGGGGGGAAAAACACAACACGAAAAUAGGAGGGUGAUGGAGACGGUCGGUGUGAUUUGUUGGGGGGGGGACGUGGCCCCCCGGGCGUGAGGGAGGACAGCGGCGGGUGGCAGCGUCCCUGCGGGCGCGGGGAGCCAGGCAUCGCCUUUGCCGGGACGGGACCGAGCCCACGGUCCCCGCUCUCAGCUCAUCUGCUCUCAUUCAUCCUUGGGCACAGAAAUUGGGGUGAAAAAGGAGGAAAAAAAAAAAAA